AUGGUAGCGAGGGGGAAGAAGACGGCGAACCAGCAUGACAAGCGACACGAGAAUGGCCUCGCCGCCCCGGGCAAGCGCGUCACCAAGCAGAAGAGCAACCCGCUGCUCGCUGUCGACGCCAACGGACACGUCCCGCCCGACACGCCGCCGCUCCACGGCCCUGUAGACGACGACGACGACCGGCCCACGCAGCCCGCCAGCAGCUCUGCAGACGCGCCCUUGCGCCUGCCCAAUCCCGCCAACAACACGGCGAGCGCUGCCCUGCCCGGCUGCGAGGAGCGUGCGCGCGCGGCCUCGGACGCCUCGCUCGACAACAUCGACGCCUGCCGCCCCUACGCCGGCGGGCCCUUUGACGCUGUCGCCGCCCCCGUCCUGCGCCGCGCCGACUCCAAGAAGGCUGCGUCGCCGUCGCUGUCCAUGGCCACCCUGCUCUCGGUCCCGGCCACCAUUCUCACGUCCUGUCCUCUGCGCGACGUCCUCGCCAUCCUCAUCAUCCUGCUCCAGCUGCCCCCCACCGUCCUCACCGUCGUCCAGUUCCUCUUUGCAACCCUCACCUUCGUCCCCCCGCAAGCCGGCACCCCCCUCUCUGCCCUCUCCGCCUUCCCCUCCUUCACCGACAUCUUCCAGGGCUCCGGCGGCACCCCCUCCCUCUUCACCACAAUCUUCGCCGACGCCUCCAUCCUGAUCGUGUGGCUGCUGCUGUGGGUCCCCAUGCAGAACUUUCUGCUGGAUCUCGCCCAGGCCGUCAUCGCAAUCGCCCUCGGAGGCGCCGCAGCCGGGAAGAACGGCACGACCAACGGCAUCUUCAUUUGCUUCGUCAUCAUUCUUUCCAACCACCUCUUCAAAUUCAGGCCUCUCCGGCAACACAUUGUCCACCUCGUGUGGACGGGGCUCGCCCGGGGAGGCCUGGAAUUCUUGACGAGCCCACCCGCUACGCCGACCUAUUUGGAAAGCUUUUCUUCGCCCCACGGAUGGCCCCGCAGCCUCCUGGGAAUUCAUAUUUUAGCCCAAGGCAUCGUUCGUAUCAUCCGACGCUCUCUUUCUCGGCGAGACGUAGCCCAGUCCCUGCCCACCGGCAAGAAGACUGACCCCGAAGCUGGCGGGCUCCAACGUGCCAACUCGACCACGCUCGACCCAACCGCCGACGUGCCAAAUUCCUCGAGUACCGACGGCCGCCCACCAGGGCCCUCGCCAGCCGCACCCUCGAAAACAGACAAAGCGAGCGUUUCUCGAAGGAAGAGAAAGCAAGCUACCCACGUUCGUAGUCAGCAGCCUUUUUGGGCUGCACUUGCCAGUACAAAAGUUACAGUUUUAAAAGAAAUGGAGAGUAGCCGGGCGGCAAACGACGCCGACGAGGCUAACGCAAAAGACGCAAAUCACAUUGGAAACGCUGUUUGGAGAUCGGAAGACGAUCGUGUUUGGAUUUCAGAAGUCGGCUCCUCCGACAUUUCUUUUCGUGUCAGUUUAUUGCAUGGGUCCGAGUUUCAAGACGACGAGGACUCGAGUAUCGGAUCUGGCAUCGACAAGUCGAAACCUUUCUACAUCCGUGUGAACGGAGCAGAUUGGAGUUCAACCAGGAUUCGCCAGAGCGCUCCGCUCGGUUACCAGGGUCAAGAGGAAACGGGCUUCUGGGUGGGAGAAAUCUUUGGUCUGACGGCUCUGUACAACUACCAUUGCGAGUUCGUCCGGACCGCAGACAACGAAGUCUUCUACUCGACCAGCCUUGUUACCUCGGCCAGCCCCGUAGCCGAACUAGCCUAUGUUGCCUCCCCGUCAGCUCAUCAGACUCUGCGCCCUUCUUCGCCUACUACGACUUUGAAGAACUCGAUCGCUGCGGCCGAUCAACAGCUCCAGGAGCAGCGCAAUCGCCUGAAGCGGAACAAGAAGGACCACAAGACGGCCAUCACUACUAUCAAGAAGGAGGUGGAUACUCUGGUCAACCGCCUUGCCAAUGCUGGUGGUAGUGACGAGCGCCAACGCCAACGUGUUCUUCAGUUUACGCAAAAUAUACGUCAGGCCGAUGAUGCUACUGCCGAGUUCGCACUUCAAGUUGACAACAUGGGAGGGAUUCCGGAAGCCGAAUCUGAGGAGGCCGCAGUAAAGAAAGCGGAGUGGAAGAAGGAACGCAACAAGAAGAACGCUGUGUCUACCGAGUUCGACAACGUCAAAGCCGAGAUCGAACGCCAGGUCCAAAGCGUCGAGUCGGACAUUACCGCUGUGCUUCAAAAGAGGGAACGUCUCCAGCAACGCCAGACCAGACUCAACGAGCAGCAUGACCGCCUUGUUACCGCCAACCAGGAAGGAUUCACCGCCAAGCAACGGCGAGAGCAGGAACGCGCCGCCCUCCGACAACAACGAGCCGAGAUCGAGAGCCAAUACCGCAGCAACAUCAACGGGUACGAGGGACGCGCCGAAGAGCACCACCUCGCCACCACACAGAUCAUGCACACGAUCGAGCACUACGAGUCCCUCCUGCACCAGCAGCAGCAACAACAACAGCAACAGCAGCAACAAACCCAACGCGAAUCCGUCCCCACCACCCCCGAAGGUCCUCUGCCAGGCACAAGCAUGUCCCCCCACGCCAACGCCUUCACCAGCUUCACCUUCCCCUCCCUCAACUCCCACCUCGACACCACACCGAACUCCUUCCGCGACGGCCGCGGCCGCUCCUCCUCCAUGCUCUCAAACGUCUCCGGCUUCACAGACGCCUUCGACGAUCCGUACUCCCCCUCGCCUUAUAUUCUUGCCAACCCGUUCAAUACACCUGGUCAGGCUAAUGGGAGUCAGGGUAGUGGUAGUUUGAGCGCCGGUACCAGUAGUCAGUCGUCGAGUAAUAAGGAUCCGAUGAGUCCGUUUCAGAACUUUAAACCCCUGAUGGUUAGGAGCCCGACGGCGGGGAGUGCCGGGUUUAUGAGUCCCGUGGGGAGUGGGAGGUAG